AGAGCUAAAACGAAUAUUCAUGCUUUCAGUCGAACCUCAGUACGUUAGCGUUCGCCAACGACGUUCGUUCGUUGGUUGGCCUCGUUAAUAGCAAUAUAUUCUUAGAUCCUGAAUAUCUUCGAUUGUAAUAUUAUUCCAAAAAUAAAAAUAAUCGUCUCAUUAAGUGUAAACAGUGUAAACAAGAAGUGAACAAAUCACUGUUAAUUACAAUGUUGAAAUCUCAUUUAUCCGUUUUACUCAUUUAUCUACUGACGUCGAUCUAUCUCUGUCAAAGUAGCAACUCUGUUAAACGAGGAUAUGUGUUCACGGCACCAAAAAGAUUUUUAGCCGGGGAGACCGAAAGCGGAUGUUUGUCUCUGCACAAUUUAGAACCACCAGCGCACAUACUUCUUGAAUUGUUAUCUCCAGAAAGAGAAAUAUUGGCAAGCGCUAGUACCACCAUAAAGUCUGGCGUGGAAACAUGCUUGGAGUUAAUGGUACCAUCAACGAAAUAUUCCAAUGCGAGACUUCAAUUGAAAAUGAAGUUCGACAAACAUCCCGAUUAUUCUGUAGAUUCGGAGAAAGAAGUUUAUAUCGAACACGAUUCUAUAAUAACGUUCCUUGAAACUGAUAAGCCAGUGUAUAAACCAGGACAAGAUGUUAAUAUCAGAAUUUUAAUGCUUAAGCACGAUUUGAAGCCUUGGAAGAAAAGAAUUUCAAAAAUAUGGAUUGAAAAUCCGUCAGAGAUAAGAGUAGCGCAAUGGACAAACAUGACUACGGUAAAUGGGAUGCUACAAUUGAAAUUUUCUUUAACAUCCGAAGCAAGUCCGGGUACAUGGAAGAUAGAAGUUGAAAAAAAGAAAUCACAGCCACAAUUCUUUCAUACGACAGUAUUUGAAGUGAAGAAAUACGUUUUACCGAAAUUCCAAGUAAAAAUAAUAUCAUCAGGAUAUAUACUUGCAGAUGCAGAAAACGUUACGUGGAAUAUUUGUGCAAAAUAUAGCUAUGGGAAACCAGUUAAAGGUACCUUGUUCUUGAAAUUGACUCCACAAACUCCAAGCUGGAAGCGAAAAUUAAAUUUACCUGAAAUACAUUACGAAACAGAACUCGAUUCACCAGAUGGUUGUACCGAAUUUGCACUUUCCAGUGCGGUUCUUGGAUUAGCUAAUUGGAAAGUAGCACCAAAUAACAUCGCUUUGAUAGCAAACUUCACGGAGGCUGGAACCGGUAUUGUCGAAACUACUAUCAGUCGAACUGUAGUUGUACAUCAAGCCCUUAAAUUGGAAUUUAUACCGUACAUGCCUAAAUAUUUCAAAUUGGGUCUACCUUAUCACGGAAAGUUGCGAGUUCUUCGCCAAGAUGAUGUUCCUGCUGCAAAUGAAAAGAUUCAGCUCUGUUUGAGAGUCCGUGAAAAAGAUGAACGAUCACGAUCGGCAGUGGAAUGUCGUCAUUUUAUAUCCUCGGGAGAUGGUUUUAUCGAUUUUGUGGUACCACCACCACACAAACAUAUCACUUUAUUGACCUUUAUAGCAACUGGUGUUGAUUAUCCUACAAAGUAUUAUUCUCCAGAUAAACGUUGGAGGAUUUUUAUGGAUCAACCUUCAGCGUAUAUCGAUAUAUUUCCUUGGUAUUCACCAUCCGAUAGCUAUUUGGCUGUUGCUCGAGGAUAUCAGCCAAUUGUUUGUGGUGAAAAGUAUUCGUUCAAUGUUAUGUAUACGGUACCAGUUACUAAUGACAAUAAUGAAUCAAUUUCUUUUCAUUAUUCUAUUAAUUCAAAAGGAGAUCUUCUAAUAUAUGGUCAUGUCAAGCACAGACCUACACGUGAAACAGUAUUAAAUUAUUCAGAUUUUCGCAACCUGUUAGCUGUAGAAUCACCUACAAAUAAAACGGAUCAAAACACUAUCGUACACCGGUUUCCCUUGAGCGUAAAAAUUACACCAAGUAUGGCACCGGUUUCGGAAUUACUUUUAUAUUAUGUCAGACCGGACGGCGAAACCGUAGCAACAAGUUACACCAUCGAAGUUGGCCAUUGUUUCGAAAAUAAAGUUAAAACGGCAUGGCACAUAGAUGCUCAAAGUCCUGGUACAACGACACAAUAUCACGUAGAAGCUGCGCCUUGGUCACUCUGUGGAAUUUCCGCUGUCGAUAAAUCAACUGUUUUUCUUGCUGGAUCAAAAUCAAAUUUGUUAGAUCCUACUCAAACUUUUAAUCAACUUAAAAGGUUCCAUCUCGAUUCGGAAUGGUCUGCUUGGGCCUGGACUAAUUGCAAAAUACAGUCAGAACAAGAUAGAAAAGAAGUCGAUCAUUUGCCUUUUCCCGCAAUAGAAAUACCAUUUUGGAAUUUAAAAAGAUAUAGAAGACGUUCCAUUGAUACUGUUAUGUCAGAUGAUGUUACUUAUGUAGAUGCUGCACAGGCUUUCAAUGAUUUCGGGACGAUUGUGAUGAGCGAUUUAAUCAUAGAAACUAAGCCAUGUCCGAAAUCUUUCUUCAAUCUAAGACAACCUGACACAAUAUAUACCGUUCAUAGUAAAUCCGCUGAAGAUUCUGAAUUAAUGUUCAAAAGUGACAUGAAAACGAUGCCUAUGGCUUAUCCAUUGCUUAAUUUCCCAGUUCCAACUGCAGACAUGGCUGCGGAAUUAGCAUACGUAGAUCAAUCACUCGAUCUUGUUACCACUCUUAGAUCAUAUUUUCCAGAAACAUGGUUGUGGGAAUUAAUGCCAAUUGGAAAAGAAGGAAAAUUAACGAUAGAACGAACUCUUCCGCAUACGAUUACGGAUUGGGUUGGACACACAGUUUGCAUUUCACCAGUUCAGGGCCUUGGAAUUGCACCACCGACUACUAUUACUACUUUCCAACCCUUCUUUCUUGAUUAUAGUUUACCUUACAGUGUCAAGCGUGGUGAAAUGUUACGUAUGAAGGUUUCACUUUUCAAUUAUAUGCAACAUAGUUUACCAGUAAGGAUUCAAUUAGAAGAUGCAACGGGUUUAGAUUUACAUUUGUCUAAUCCUGUCUCUUCGUUUUGUGUAAAACCAACAGACAGUGUCGUUCAUGAAUAUAUUUUAAGACCUCGUGUUCUCGGAAAUAUCAAUAUCACAGUAUCCGCAGCGAUAGAUGCUAAUUAUCCCGAGUCAUGUGGUCCAGACACAUUGGUAUACACUCGCGAUACCAUCGUCAAACCAAUCCUCGUAUUACCAGAAGGUUUCCCAGUCGAAAUCACCAAAUCAGCGUUUAUUUGUCCAAAAGAUUUUAGCGACGAUUCAAGAAUAGUUUGGAAUUUGGAUUUACCAAAAGAUUUGAUACCUGGCAGUGCAAAGGCUCAUGUGACGUUAACAGGAGAUGUUUUAGGACCAGUAUUAGAAAACUUAGACAAACUCGUUAAACUUCCAAUGGGAUGUGGCGAACAAAAUAUGGUUCUAUUUGUGCCGAAUAUUCACGUAAUCGGCUAUUUGGAUGUCAACGGCAUGGACAAUCCAGAACUUCGAGCAAAGGCUAUUAAACACAUGGAAAAGGGAUACCAGCGUGAGCUAAAUUAUAGACAUACCGAUGGUUCUUAUUCAGCAUUUGGUCCUGGUAUUUCAGAAAGUUCAAUAUGGCUAACUGCCUUUAUAGUGAAAUCUUUCGCUCAAGCUCGCAGUUUUAUUUAUAUCGAUGAACGUGAUUUGAAAAUAUCUGUAAAGUGGAUCAUGAGCAAACAAUUGGAGAACGGGUGUUUCCCUAUAAUAGGCAAUGUUUUCCACAAACAUAUGAAGGGAGGUUUGCAAGAAGAUGAUAGUUCAGCAGCAUUGACGGCCUAUAUUCUUAUAUCGCUCCUUGAAUCUGGUGUUCUUUUAACAGCUUCGCUUAUCAAUAAUGCUCUUUAUUGUCUAGAGGCUCUGACCGAUAUAUACGAUAGUCCCUACACAGCAGCUUUGUCGACAUAUGCUUUAGCCUUAUUAGAACAUCCUAAAGCAAAUGGAAGUAUGGCAUCAUUGAUGAAUCGUGCCACUCGUAAUAAUGACCUACUUUGGUGGGAAGAUAAAACAAAACCAUCAGUAGGAUUAAGUAUCGAAAUGACGGGUUAUGCUGUUCUCUCUCUCAUUAAAUUAGGCGGAGAAGAAAAUAUGGUAGAUGCUUUAAAAGCAAUUCGUUGGAUGUCUAAACAACGAAACGCAGAAGGCGGUUUUACGUCUACACAAGACACUGUUGUUGGCUUGGAGGCACUUACAAAAUAUGCUUUAGCUAUGGCUACAAAUUCCACAGAUUUAUCGGUUCUCGUCACUGCCAGUGAAGUUGAUCAUGUUUACAGAAUGAAUGAUGACAAUCGAGUGGUUCUCAUUCAGAUUCAAUUACCUAUUUUACCGACAAUAAUAGAGAUUUUUGCUGAAGGAGAAGGAUGUGUUUUAGUGCAGAACAAUUUGAUAUAUAAUGUUGCUAAAGUGACUGGCUCUGAAGCAUUUGAUCUUUCAGUAUCUGCUACCUCCGAUAUUUUUGUGGAUGAAUGCUCGAUGCAAAGAAUUACUGUUUGUGCUCGAUAUAAAAUGGCAGAUGAAGAAAGUAACAUGGCAUUACUUGAGAUCGGAAUGAUCAGCGGAUAUGUUCCAGAUCGAUCGAGCUUACAUUCGUUGUUAGAAGUUCCAAGUACAAAAGUAAAACGUAUUGAAGAUGACCGUGAUAUCGUCACUAUAUAUUUUGAUAGAUUAAUAGGACAAAAAACGUGUAUAUUCUUUAAUGUUACAAGGGAGAAUAUAGUCGAUAGACUCGAACCUGCGAAUGUGAAGUUGUAUGAUUAUUAUCAGCAAGAAUUAAUGAUAUCCAGUAAUUAUAAUUUCGCGCCAACAUGUAGUAGCGCUGACAUAAAUGAAGAGACUGAGAUACCAGACCCAAUGCCUGUUGAAACAGAAGGUAUUUCAGGAUCUUUUCAAUAUAGUAAACAUACUAGCGUGGAACAUGAUAAAACUUUAGACAAAUCAUCGAAAAAUUUUGGAAAAGAUAGUGGAAAUAUGAACAAUAAGGUAACCAAUCAUAAUAUUUCAAUGGAAUUGAAAAAUCUAUUAUUAGUAAAGCCAAUAGAUUCGAGUGAAAAAGAACACGAUACGGUGACCUACAAAAAACAUAAUGAAAAGAAUAAAACUGAUGAUGGAAAAAUUGUCAAAGCAAAAUCAAAUAUUCCGGAUGAAACAUUAAUGGAAAAUUCUGAUAAAAAAAUAACUACAAAUAAAGCAAAUUCAAUGGCAAAGGAUCCAAAUGCAAAUAAUAAUUCAACCGAUAUUCCAAUUACUUCACAGGGGGAUACUGGAAGUGGUCAAACACCAGAUGAUUCAGAAAUUAACUCAACUCCUGUUGUCGAUGAGAUUUUUGACAAUCCGUCCUUUGUUUCUGUUGAUCAUGAUCUUGAAACACCGGAAGGAAUCGAAGGUCCAGUGCUUGUUUAUGUAAGACCAAGUAUAACUAAUCUUAACGAAAAUUCAUCAUUCGAUGAAAUCGAUUACAAAAUAAGUAGCAAGAUUGAUAUUAUUGAAUCUACUACACCUAUACAAAGGGAUCACAAGAUGGAUAUUCAAUUAAAUUCCUCAGAUUCAACCUAUCUAAACCGAUCUUGCCCUAUAUGCAGUAACGAAUUACCAGAUAACUUCAAUGAUAUCUACUGUUCAGCAAGUAGCGUUAUAAAAGUGGCAAUUAGGCGUUUACGAAAAGCAAGAUUAUUAUUAGAUCUUAAUGCAAUGCGUGAUGUAAAACGACUUCGUUCUACCGUCGAACUUGUUUUGAAUCCAAGAUGUACUUGUCCACCAUUGGAUAAUCCUGGAAGUCUUGGAUUAUUGUUACGUUCUAAAGGAGAUGACUUUGCAACAUUAAAAGAACACGGGAAACAGAUUUUAAAUAAUUCUAUGUCUAUAUAUGGUUUGUCGUCCACCAGUGGUGUACCUCAAAGAUUAAUAGACGCUAGAUUACAUUGUUCUAAAAAAGAUAAAAAGGACCAUGAUAGACCAGUAGGUGGUUGAUCUACGUACAUGAAUACAUAUCAGCAUAGAAUACCACACAAUGUAUAAAUAACAAUCGAAAAUUGCGACGUACUUUCAUUUCAAUACUUCAUUAAAAGAGAAGUUCAUAUUGAAUUAAUGCGUGAAAUUAUUCAACUUCGGAGAGAAUGUACAAAACACAUUUAAUGACAAAUUAAAAACAGAAAAAAGAAAAGAAAUUUUUUUAAAUGUACAAGUAAAAAGUAUAAACAGGGUAUUAUAAUUAGUAAUACAUAGUACGUAUAUGUUACUCUUAAUUUCAAUAUUUUCUAAAAAAAAAAAAAAAAAAAAAAAAAAAAAAAAAAAAGAAAAAGAAGAAGAGUAAUUCAUUUUGAAAUCAUUUACAUAUCAAGUUGAAUCUUAUUUUUAAUACUAAUACAAAAAUUGGUGAUCGUCAUUUGUCUACAUUAUAUAAUUUUCUACAAAAUCUGUAAGUUGUAAAAAAAAAAUAAAAAAAAAUAAAAAAAAAAUAAAAAUAAAAAAAAAAUCCACAAAUGAAUUUACAUAAAAACCUAUAAAUAUUUCUUUUAAUAGGUUUGUGAUUAAUUCAAACGACAAGCAAAAAUAAUCGAAUACUGAUUUAGUUUAUUUAUUGUUCUUGUAAGUUUACUAUUGUAAUAAUUAUUACAAAUUAACAAUCACCUUCGAAUUUUUUACUACAUCAAACAGUAUUUUGUUACAAUGGAUGAACGGUUAUUAACUACUAAUUAAUAGAGCAUUUGAUAUUAUAGUUUGGCAUUUAACGCUGGAUAAAAUGAAUAUAUUUCGUUGAAGAACAAAAAUAUCACAGAGAACGUUUGAUCGUUUCUCUGAAUAUUAUGUUUCAUUUUCUUGGAUCCAUUUUUAAACACCAUCGUUAAAAACCCUUGUAUCGUGAAAUCUCUGAAGAUCAUCUUACAGUUUACAAUGCAUUUAUUAAAUAAAUAAAUAUGUAUAUAUUAUUGCCCACUAUCGACAUCGACUAAUAUCGACGCUAACUUGAGGAAUGAAAGGAACGUGUCAAUGUUCUAAAUUGGCAGUAAUAUUUCACAUGCGCACCUCCAUAGGAACAAUCCAUGGAAGUUAGCAUAACUUUACAAGCAGCUUAUAUUUUAUGUGAGACGAAAAUACAAUAUAAAACUGUCUCGUUACAAAAAUUAAAAAACAAAAAGAAUAAAAAUAAAAAUAAUACAAAUAAAAAAAAAAUAUAUAUAUAUAAAAUCAAAUAUGCUGUUCCAAAUAUGCAGACAUUAUUCGCAGUAUCGUGAAAGGAUUUUUUUUUUCUUUUUAUAUUAAUUCUUUCAACGCAACAAAAUACGAUACCCUUAUAGUCUUCAUAUUACAGUUAUAAUGACUUAGCCAAUUCAUUGAUAAAUUCUACACAGAUAACUAUUUAUUCUUUAAACAUUAUAAAAAAAGCAUCAUUAAUACUUAUACCACUUUUACUUUCUUACGUUACAAAUGACAUUAUUUAAUACGGCGAACAAUAUAUUUUUAGAAUACUCUACUUCCAAAAA